CGGAAAUACUGACUGAUAGGUGAGCACCAGUGGUUUCCGGUUCAUUUUGUUUUGAAAAAUUUGAAAUCCGGAUCGAGAGAUUGGCAGACAUGUCCACGCUGUUCCCCUCUCUCUUCCCCCGGAUAACGGAGUCCCUGUGGUUCAACCUUGACCGACCCUGUGUGGACGAGACCGAGCUGCACCAGCAGGAGCAGCAGCACCAGACCUGGCUGCAGAGCAUUGCUGAGAAAGACAACAACCUGAUGCCCAUUGGGAAACCUAUAUUUGAGGCGGGAUAUGAUGAAGAGGAAGAGGAGGAUGAUGAGGAUGAGGAGGACAGCGAGGAAGACUCGGAAGAUGAAGAAGACAUGCAGGACAUGGAUGAGAUGAAUGACUACAAUGAGUCACCUGAUGACGGCGAGAUCAAUGAGGUGGACAUGGAGGGACCAGACCAAGACCAAGACCAAUGGAUGAUAUAAGACAAAAGACAAUUUUAGUCUCUAUCAAGUUCAGCUGUCUGGCACUGGAUUUCUACUCCCCACUUAAAACACGACUGCUACCCCUUCAGUCUGUGACACAGAUAUAUUUUUUUAUUUGUGUGAACAGGAAAAGAAUAUAGUUGAAUCAAAGCUUGAAUCAUGAUGUCCUUCAGAGGGAGGUUGGGUGAAUCAUUUCUCGAUUCAAGCUGCAGUUGGCCUGUGAGGGCCGUGGACGUCAUUGGACAUUGCUGUGGGUGUUGCUACCUGGCACAGACACACACACACACACACACGCAUACACACACACACACACACACACACACACACACACACACACACACACACACACACACACACAAGGUCCUGCUGUUUUGCAACCAGUCGGUCAAACACCCACACAGUGACAACAGAAGGCAUCAGCCCAGUGAUCCCUCAUCUAAACUUUGACCUCGUCAUAUCUUCAGUCAUGUGCCACUUCUCAGAGAGCCUCCAAACAGCUGACUGAGCACAAACAGCAGUUCAGUCAGCUAAUUAAUUUGUCACCUAUGAAGGAGACGGACAGAUUCUUCACCAUGUAGUGCGAUUCUGUUUCACAGCUGCUAAUCUUUUGUUACAGAUAUCAUAUUCUCAGUAGAAUCUUCAUGAACGCUUGUAUGAUGUAGUAUUCAGACAAUACAUCAGUUCUUAUUGAAAUACAUUGUGAUCUUUUGUAACUAUAUGAAAGGUAAAAGCAGCCAUUACUUUUAAAGAAUGUCAAUUGAAAUAUGAAUACACACUGUGUGCAUCUAAAUGCUCUCAUGUUUAUCUUAAAGGAUUGCUUGCCAAGGCUUUGGGUAUUUGUACUAAAAUGAACAGAAGCCUUGACUUUUUGUAUUAAAUUAAAUAAUUAUGAUGAAACCAUG